AUGGAUUUAUCACUGUCCAUCUUGCUCCUGGCAGUCAAUUCAACUCCAAAAGUAUAUAAAAGAUCCUUAGAAGAUGACUUCAAGUCCUGUCCUGUGGGCAUCAUUUGUGGUUUCUUGUUGCUAAAUGUUGACGGAUGGCACACAAUGGUUUGGGCAUCCAUACUUCCUUUGGCUAUAAUAAUGGCGGUUGGAACAAAACUUCAAGCAAUUCUGGCAAAAAUGGCUCUAGAAAUCACAGAAAAACAUGCGGUUGUACAAGGAAUUCCUCUUGUUCAAGGCUCAGACAAAUACUUCUGGUUUGGUCGCCCUCAGUUAGUUCUUCAUCUUAUCCAUUUCGCUCUCUUCCAGAAUGCUUUUCAAAUAACUUAUUUCUUGUGGAUAUGGUAUUCUUUUGGGCUAAAAAAUUGUUUCCAUAUGGACUACAAGCUUGCCAUUGUGAAAGUCGCAUUAGGGACUGCAGUUCUCUGUCUCUGCAGCUACAUUACACUUCCAUUAUACGCUUUGUAA